AUGGAGACCAGAAGAAGGUCAUCUAUCGGAGAGUCGCAGGCCGAGAGGCUCCAGACGAUGAGGGAAAAGAGAAAGUCAUCCGUCAACCAAGCUGCUUUAGACCGGGCCAUGAAAGCUAGGAUAGCAUUAGUCGAAGGGCAUGAGCUGAGUGAGGCCGAUCGAAAGCUUGCACAAAUGGGCUAUCAGCAGGUCUACAAGCGAGAAUUCUCAUGGAUGUCUUGUAUUUCUUUCGCACUCUCAGUUGGUGGUCUCUACGCAAGUGUAGCCACUACAUAUAUCUAUCCCCUGGUUGGAGGCGGUGCCGCGUCCGCGGUGUGGUCCUGGCUUAUUUCUGGUGCUGGUUGUAUGUGCAUAACAUUGUCGGUCUCUGAGAUUGUCUCUGCGUAUCCUACAUCUGGAGGCAUGUAUUUUACGUGCAAGUACCUUGCUCCUGAAGCAUGGGUUCCAGAGAUCAGCUGGCUUUGUGGCUGGUUGACUGUUAUUGGACAGAUUGCUGGGCUGGCAUCGACCGAGUACGGGACGGCUCAACUGAUCUUGGCCGCUGUCUCGAUGAACAUGGAUUUUUCAUACAUACCGACAACGAACCAGACGGUCGGUGUCAUGGCGGGCAUGUUGCUGUUUCACGGCACGCUCAACAGUCUGUCGACCGGUUGGCUGGAAAAGAUGACGAGGACAUACGUUGUCUUUCAUGUGGCCGUUCUCGUCAGUUGCUGCAUCGCUCUACUGGCCGUGGACAAGAACAAGCACAGUUCGUCGUACGUAUGGACAAAUGUCACUCCAGAGAGCGGAUGGACACCCGCCGGGUUUUCAUUCCUCUUCGGGUUUCUGUCAGUCUCAUGGACGAUGACCGACUACGACGCUACCGCCCACAUCGCAGAAGAGAUCAAGAACCCAGAGAUCAAGGCGCCUUGGGCUAUCACGAUCGCCUUGGGCUUCACCUACGUGGCCGGCUGGCUGUUCACUAUAGUGUUGACCUAUUGCUCCGGCGACAUUGCGCAACUCUUGGAUUCACCUAUCGAGCAGCCCGUGGCUCAAAUCUUCUACAACGUCCUCGGCAGGCGAGCUGGUUGCUUCUUCACGGUCUGUGCUGCAAUCAUUCUCAACUUCACUGGAAUGACGGGGUUGCAAGGUGCAGCGAGGGCCUUUUGGGCUGUCGCCCGCGAUGAGAUGGUGCCAUUCUCUCGGUUCUGGACCAAGAUCAAUCGGACCACGGGCACGCCAAUCAAUUCGGUCUGGCUGAUUACCAUCUCAUGUAUCGUCAUCAACCUCAUCGCCCUAGGGUCUUACACCGCCAUUGCGGCCAUCUUCAGCAUUACCGCAAUCGCAUAUGACUGGUCAUAUUGUAUCCCGAUCAUCUGCAAGCUGCGCUAUGGAAAAUUCGAGCCGGGCCCCUUUCACCUAGGUAGGUACAGCAAAUGGAUCAACCUGUGGGCAGUCAUUUGGACAGCUUUCGCCAGCAUUAUCUUCGUCUUCCCUGAGUACAGGCCAGUCACUGCUGUCAAUGUAAGAACUCCCCUUCCAGAGCUCAGCCUCUCCGGGUGCUAACGUGAACAGAUGAAUUAUGCUUGUCUCUUACUCGGCGCCACUUUUAUCUUUGCCGUGUGCUAUUGGUACGCUUGGGGCCGACGAGUCUAUGUGGGACCUCGUGUAAA